AUGCGUUGUACCCGUGCAAGCACGUGCAUACAGAAAUCCGUACUGGAUCUCUCCGGUAUGACAGUUUCAGAUAAAAUUCGGAUCCUUCCAUCGCAACUGCCCGAUUCGAGCGUCUCGGGAAAACCAGUUGACAUACCGUCAGGUGAAUUUGCCGCGGAGGCGAUCUUCGCCCACUCAUUGCUUUGCGUAAAGGAGGACGAAGAUACUGUCAGAAUGGCUGUGACGAUGCGUCGCAAUUGGUUCGACGACGUCGCAAUGCGACAUCGCGAUUCGUGGUGGGCUAGAGAGGAUUGGUUCGAUGAUUGGAAGGAUUGGCCUGCCGACUGGCCUCGCCCGAGAGACCUCAUGAACAGGUUCUGGCGUGAUACUGACCACUGGUGGCGCGACUGGCCGUCGGAUUGGCCCCGAAUGGACGCAGUGAUGCCGAGAUUCACUUCUCACUUGGAUCGCCUUGAUCGGAACUGGAGAAGUGAUCCAUUCUGGUUGGACAUUUAUCCACGAUGGGCUGAGCCGAUCUUCAAGGAAGGCAUUGAUGUGCAUUCAAACAUCAUAAACGACGAACGAAGGUUUGCAGUAGAAGUGGAUUGCUAUCAAUUUAAACCCGAAGAGAUUCAGGUGAAAACGCAGGACGACACAUUGAUGAUCGAGGGGCGUCACGAAGACGUUCGUGAUCGUGACAACUUCACGAAGAUGUACUUUGUGCGAAAGUACCAAAUGCCACAUGAUGUUGAUCAUGCUCGCAUUUCGAGUAACAUCGAUUCUAGGGGUCGUCUGACGGUUGAAGCACCACGGCGAUACGCGUCGGUGACAGGUAGAGACCGUGUAAUUCCCAUCGAAGGUGCUGCUCAACGAUCGCAUUCUUCCUCGUCGCACCGAAUCCACGAGUCCUCCUACGCAAGUGAAUCGCGUGAAUCUCAUUCACCACGCACCACUGACGUUCCACUUCGUGUUGACACAAGCGACAGUCGCGCUCGUGAUGUAUAUAUAUCGCGUGAUGAUAGCCGAGAACGUGAGCGAGAGCGAGAGCGUGAACGCGAACGCGAACGUGAACGUGAACGUGAACGCGAACGUGAACGUGAGCGUGAACGCGAACGCGAGCGCGAACGCGAACGUGAACGCGACCGUGAUAGAGAUCGCGAACGAGACCGCGAACGUGAGAUCUACGUGAGACGAGAUGACAGUCGAGAUCGCGAUCGACUUCGAGAUGAAGUUCGCGUGAGCCCACAUGCCAGCGAUUACUCUUCUACUUCAAAGUACAGAUAUGAAUCGCACACGAGAGAAGUAUCGCCUCCCCGAUCCUAUACGCAUCCGAGAAGAGCCAGUUUUGAGACUCGAGAGCUUGAACAGCGUUCACCUGGCCGUGAAGUAUUUGACUCGAUAAGAAAACAUUUUGAAAGAGGAGCCCAAGAUUCUACCUAUACUGAAGAGUCACACAGAAGAGAAGCGAGUCGGGAGUUUUCUUCAGAAAGAUUUCGAUCGGACAGUAGAAACGGAUAUCGCGUCGAAUCUCCAGCAUCUUCCACAGGCAUAUUGAGAAAUCACGAUCGUCCAGAAUCUCGCUCGGAAAGCAUGCGUAGCGUUCAAAUACUUCGAAAAACAUUCGGAUGA